CCCUAACGGGGCGCGCAGCAGCAAUCACGCCGGAAGCGGGUGGCAGAGGCCCAGAUCCUUCCCCCAGCGCGGGCAUCUCACUUUCACCCUGCGGCGGGUGGUCUUGCCCGUGCUCGGUGCGGAGUCAUGCGCCAGAGCUUCGAAGGACCGUCCGCCCCCAAGUAAAGCGAUCGCCUAGGCGAUGGAGCAAGGACAUCGCGGGGGCCGAGCCAUAUCCCAACCCUAAUCCCGAAAGGCAGCCUAGCACGUCCGCGGGCGCGUAAAACGCGCAAAGCUCGUAGCCUCUCGGUCAGAGUCCCUGAGGCUCGUCGCGUCCCUUCCGCGCCCCCACCUGUUGGACAGCAUCCCCGAGCUCCUUCUUGCCCAAGUGCUUUGGAAGCUCAACGGAAACCCAAAGGCCAGGGAAUGCGACGAGCGACCAUAAAUAUGCAGAAGAGAUGGAGCCCCAGAGCGGCGGUCGCUUGGGGCCGGGCCUUGCGGGGGUCGAGGACCUGGAGCGCGGCCCUCGCCGCCACGGCCGCACGGGCGGUGCCAACACCGAGCGGGCGGCGCCGGCGCACUCCGGACACCGAGCCUGCAAAAGGGGCCCCGGGCGGGCGGCCGGACACCUCGCAGACGGCGGGCAGCGGGCGCAGCGGCCGCCGCCCCGGGGCUCCGUAACCGACCCUCGGGCCGCCGCCACCCCUGCCGCAGUGGCCGCGCCCGACCCGCUCCCGCCGGGCCCCCGACCCGCGCCCCAGAGGCGCCCGCUCUCCCCAGCCUCACGGCCCGCCUGCAUGGAGCCCGGCGCAGUGCCCCGCACGGCCGACCCCGCCGCGGCGCGGGAAGCCACCACACGCUACGGCGAGGGCAGGAAGAAGAUGGCGGCAGCCGUGGCGGCGGCAACGGCGGCGGCGGCCUCGCACACGCCGCUGACGCCAAUGGCGCGCGUCAGCCGACGGGCCGCGGAUGGCGGCGGCGGCGGCGGCCCGGGCUCCGGCGAGGGGCGGGGCGAGCCGGGGAGGGGGCCGGCCGGAGGCGGAGGCCGGGCCGGAGGCUGGAGGGAGGCGGCGGGGACGGUUUGUUGUGCUCGGAACAUGGCGGGCGUCGGCAGCGCGGCCGCCCCGGGAGACGGCGGCGGCGGCGGCGGAGCGGACGGCCCGGAGCGGGACGGCCGCGGCGAGACGGAGCAGCCGGGCGGCGGAGGCCACGGUCCCCCGCCCGCGCCUCAGCACACGGAGACGCUGGGCUUCUACGAGAGCGACUGGCGGCGGGAGCGGCGCCGGAGCCGCGCAGAGCUUUCAUUGUUGAGGUUCCUCAGUGCUGAACUAACAAGAGGGUACUUCCUUGAACAUAAUGAGGCCAAGUACACAGAAAGAAGAGAAAGAGUGUACACUUGUUUGCGAAUACCAAAAGAAUUGGAAAAGCUCAUGGUUUUUGGAAUCUUUCUGUGCCUGGAUGCAUUUCUGUAUGUGUUCACCCUGCUUCCUUUAAGAGUUUUCCUGGCACUGUUCAGGCUCUUCACUCUGCCUUGCUAUGGUUUAAGGGACAGACGCUUGCUUCAGCCUGCCCAGGUGUGUGACAUUUUGAAGGGCAUCAUUUUGGUUAUCUGCUAUUUCAUGAUGCACUAUGUCGACUACUCCAUGAUGUAUCACCUGAUACGGGGGCAGUCAGUCAUCAAGCUCUACAUCAUCUACAACAUGCUGGAGGUAGCAGAUCGUCUGUUUUCAUCAUUUGGACAAGACAUAUUAGAUGCUCUCUAUUGGACAGCGACAGAGCCUAAAGAAAGAAAAAGAGCCCAUAUUGGGGUGAUUCCUCACUUCUUCAUGGCCGUUCUCUAUGUCUUUUUGCAUGCAAUUCUUAUAAUGGUUCAAGCAACAACUCUCAAUGUAGCUUUCAACUCGCACAAUAAGUCUCUGCUUACUAUCAUGAUGUCUAACAAUUUUGUUGAAAUUAAAGGAAGUGUUUUCAAGAAGUUUGAAAAGAACAAUCUUUUUCAAAUGUCAAAUAGUGAUAUUAAGGAGCGAUUCACAAAUUAUGUACUUUUGCUAAUAGUGUGUCUAAGAAACAUGGAACAGUUUUCUUGGAACCCAGAUCAUCUCUGGGUGUUGUUUCCAGAUGUCUGUAUGGUGAUUGCAUCAGAGACUGCUGUGGAUAUUGUAAAGCAUGCCUUUAUCACCAAGUUCAAUGACAUUACCGCAGAUGUCUACAGUGAAUAUAGAGCCAGCCUUGCUUUUGACCUUGUUAGCAGUCGGCAGAAAAAUGCAUAUACUGAUUACAGUGACUCUGUGGCACGGAGGAUGGGGUUUAUUCCUCUCCCACUAGCUGUUUUGCUCAUCAGAGUUGUAACAAGCUCAAUUAAAGUGCAAGGAAUCCUGUCUUAUGCCUGUGUCAUACUCUUCUAUUUUGGGUUGAUAUCCCUGAAAGUACUUAAUAGCAUUGUGCUGCUGGGAAAAUCAUGCCAAUAUGUGAAGGAAGCCAAAAUGGAAGACAAGCUGUUUAAUCCUCCGCCAACCAGCACGCCAGGCAAACCAUCCAGUAAAUCACAAAACAAGUGUAAACCUUCUCCAGAAGAAAACUUGUCUGCUUCGGUCACCAGCCAGCCUAGUCAUCAAAAGGAAAAUGUCAUACCACUGCUUGUGACAAGCAGUUUCGAUCAGUUUCUGACAACUCCAGAUGGUGACGAGAAGGACAUAACACAGGAAAACUCUGAAUUAAAACACAGAUCCUCAAAGAAAGACUUGUUAGACAUAGACAGGUUCACAAUCUGCGGGAAUCGAAUUGACUGACUUCCGGGGCUCCGGGCGCCCGAGACGCUGAGCCUAGGGCAGUAAUGCUGUGCCACCAGGGCGGACAGAUGCUAACGGUGGCACUUAAAUAUUUAUUUAAGAACUUAAAUUAUUAAUGGAGAGCAAAUCUUAGUAUCUUUCUUCCAGCAGUGUGGUCUGGCAGAAGGUCGGGUCACAGAGGAGCAGCAGCCUCCAGCCGCAGCUCUGGAAAGCUCGAUGGAUCUUAGGAAGAGUUCCUCCUGCCAGAGAAAAUGGCAGAGCCCCUCCUGGGCCAGGGGGGCAACAGCAGAGCCCCUCCUGCCUUGUCCGUUUGUGCUUCCAGAGCAUCGAGCUUCACCUCAAGGCCUCUCCAGUGUGAGGAUACACCUGGAAAACUGUGAAGCUCUCCCCAUGACAUUACCUUUCCGGUCUCACACUAUUUUCACAAACAGUUUUUGAACUUUUCUUCGUCUGCCAAAGCAUUAAAAAUAAACUUAAGAUAAAUGUUCUUAUCACCAGAAUAAUCCUUGAAGAUUUAUCUGAAUUAAUCAGAAUAAAAGGAUACCUUAAAUAAGAUAUGAUAAUUAAUAGCAUUUAGGGGGGGAAAAACCCUAAGCCAGUUUGUUUAUUUAAGAAAUACUAAUUAAUGAAGGUUAUGCAUUGCUGAGAAAAUGUUUCAUAAAAUUCAGUUUUAUGUGAGCUAUGUAUUGUUUAAUUGCAGUGGAUACAAUAGAAAUUUCCUUAUAAAAAGGCACUUUUUAUGCUGAAAAAGCAGUGUUAACUCUAAUGUAUAGUUAACUGGUUUCGCUUUAAAAUUAAUGGCUUCAUAAAUUGUUUCAGUUUAAAAGAUUUGGUGUUGAAUAGGCUGAAGAAUUGUCAAUGUACAAAGUUCAAAGGUAUCAGCUAACUGGGUUUUUAAAGUAACAGUUUUAAAGUCAAUAUUCUUCGUGGACGGGGCAGCACCAUGUUGCUUGGGCUUGACAGGCAUUCAGUCUCUGUCAGGAGUUGGGGGCCGUGCGUGUCCUGGCGCGGGCUCUGUGCUCUCCAGGAGAGCCUCUGUGCAGGGCGCUGCGACUCAGGGGUGCGGGGGCUGGGCAGGCCCUUGCUGGGAGAAAGUACACGCGGCGUUGGCAGUGUGCGGGUGUGAUUGGUGUCUGUGUACGGACGCUGGGAGCAGCAACCAAAGGGUGCUUUGGGGUUUAUAUGAGAUCAAGGUUCCAUUUCUGCUUCAUUACUAGCGUGUGGCCUGCAUCAUAGGACAGGUUGUUUUCUACCCCGUUUUAUCUUGAGAAACCUUUCUGUGUUAAUACAAAAAUUUUCUGACGUCCAGUUCCUGAAUGUCCAGUUGUUACGUUAACUGUUACUUCCUUUGAUGUUUCCACUUUGAAGAGAGGGAGCUCUUGUGCCUCUCUGCUUGGGGCAUGUGAUGUGCAGAAGGUCGGUUAUAGGUGAUCUGCCUUUUCCCUGCGUGAAAUACAAAGCCAGCUUUAGGGCUUUGGCUUGUUCACUUGAAAUACCAACAUGAAUUUUAAUGUUCUGCAUUAACUAAAACACUCUGAAGAUUGAUGUUCACAUAUGGUAAAAGAGGAAAUUGUAUAGAAAUGUUUUUGUGAAAUCAGGAAGUAUUUUUAAGUUACAAGCGUCAACACUUUUAAUUGCUUUGUGUAUGUUUCAGUGAAGCCCCAUUUUAGAAUUAUUAUUCUUUUUUACAUCUUCUCUUCACCUCUAAUAGGAACAGUGUUCAUGGUAAAGGGGAAUAGUUUGGGGAAAACUUUGCCAAACAUAGCCCUGAUCAGAGCAAGACUGACCUGGGUGUAUCUUUCAAUUCAGUUUGAAUUAUUCUGUUAUCAUGCUGUCAUUUUUGGAAGAUUUUUCAUUUCCUUUGCAGAUCAUACUGGGAGUUCGGAAUGAUAUUCAUUUCUUCUGUUAAAAUGGCAUUCAGUACUAAUUUUAUAAGUGCAUCUUGUGUGAAACUCAAUAAAUUCAAUUUUAUAAUCUUU